AAAUAUUACUUUAGAUAUUAAAUAUUUUAUAGAAAUGACAAGUAUUACAAUAUCAGCAGUUCGAACACGAACAAGUAUACUUGAUAAAUCAUUAAGUAAGGGAAAGGGAGAGGUUAGCUUGAGUUGUUUCGCACUUCUGUUUUCAGAACUUGUGCAAUACUGCCAAAAUCGAGUUUACACCGUCCCAGAAUUACAAAAUAAAUUGGCAGAGAUAGGUACAGAGGUUGGUCAUAAAGUAACAGAUUUACUCGUUGUACGGGAAAAAGGUGGAAAGCGCGAGAUAAAAUUAUUAAAUAUUUUAUUAUUUAUUAAAAGUACGGUAUGGAAGUCAUUGUUUGGUCGUGAAGCUGAUAAAUUAGAACAUGCAAAUGAUGACGAACGGACUUACUAUAUCAUAGAAAAAGAAGCACUAGUAAAUAAAUUUAUAUCAGUUCCAAAAGAUAAAGGAAGUCUAAACUGUGCUUCUUUUAUUGCUGGUAUAGUUGAAGCUAUUCUUUGUGAUUGUGGUUUUCAAGCAAAAGUCACUGCACAUUGGCAUAAAGGAACAACAUAUAUGGUUAAAUUUGAUGAUGCAGUUGUUGCUCGUGAUAAACAACUCGAAGAUCGAUAAUUAAAGACAUAGGAAAGAAAUUAAAAGUAAUAAGAUAAAAUUUUAUAUUCCAAUACAAUUAAGGAAUGAAUAUCUUUGAAUUAAAAAUAUAAAAAAAGAAUUCCUUGGUUUUGUUUGUGGUCGAUUUAAAUUAUUUUCACAGAUAAACAUUUCAGCAUUUCAUAAUAAUUUUCCUUUGUUUAUUGAAAAUGGAAUCAUAUGUGCGAAAAUGAAGUGCCAGCAAAUAAAAUGACAUGUACAUAGUUAUAGCAUUUUAUAUUUACUAAUGAAGUAUUUAUUUUAUAUUUUAUUGUACAGAUGCUGACAUAUAUAUUGUAAGUUUAAGAUCUACAAAUAUACAAUUGGAAAAA